UUUAUUAGUUAUCGAUCCUACUCCAUGUACCAGUGAAACAUGUAAAGUAAAAAGAAUUCCUCAGUUACCGAUAAGUGUUUUGAGUCGACUGUAUGUGAAAAGAAUAAUUAAUAAACACAAAAUAUGAAACUGUUUUUGCGUGAACGAUAAAAAUAAAACGGCGCGGCUUUGACACGCGAUGUAGUGGGAUUUGGCACCACAGAGUUCAUCGCUAAAGUUCGAAAUUCAUAAAAAUAUACUAUAUAUAUAUAUAGGUACUUAGUUUUACGUGGAAAAAACGUUGAGGUUAUCUUUUAAACGAAGGUCGCUUAAAUGAAUUAAUAAACAAUUCAACGUAAAUCAUUGUUUAAUAUGGUGUCUGUAUCAACAGUGCUUUUGUAAACUCCGAGUAUUGUCUACCAUUUAUUCAUUGAAGUGCUUCUUGAAAUGGAAAUUGUGAUUUCACUUGUUAUUAUAUACUACCAAGUAUUGACUUAUAUCUCGAUGAGAUUAUAAAAAUUGUUUAAUGUAUAACAUAAAUAUAAUAUUUCAACAGUAUUGUUGAUUUUGUCGAAGCAAAAUAUCUAGUAUAGAAGAUAUAUUACAUUUUCUAAUAUAAUGGAAUCCAAUGGUGUAGUCCAAGUAUUGUUUGAAGAGGAGAAAACUCUAGUUCGUUUAAAAAUCAAGGAACCGGAUACAGAAAAGGAGAAGUAUUGGCCUCAAAUAACCACAAUUUUAAUAGCCAACUUAGCCGGUCUGACGGAAGGUCUACAUUUCUCAUGGCCUUCUCCAUUUAUAGUGAAAAUUACUCAAGAUAAAGAAAAUUACGACAUAUCUGAAGAACAAGCUUCGUAUUUCAAUACCAUCACCCCGUUGGCAAUGGCGUUGUGCUGUCCGAUUUUUUCCAAACUCGCCGAUAGAAUCGGAAGAAAGAAAACUCUCUUACUGAUUUCGGUUCCACAUAUCUUGGCGUGGAUCAUAAAAGCAUUCGCAACUAGCGUGUAUGCGUUUUAUGUAGCAAGAUUUUUAACUGGCGCAGCCAACGCUUGUUCCUUUUCAGUUUUGCCAAUAUAUAUGGGAGAAAUUUCCCAUCCUAGUAUAAGAGGUACAUGGGGAAACGCUCUUCCUAUAUCAAUGUGUCUAGGGGAAUUAUUGAUAAAUAUAAUAGGUAGCUAUUUCGGAGUACAAGUUACUUCUUUUAUAUGUUUACCAGUAUGUGUAUUGUUUAUAAUUUUAUUCUGUUACUGUCCAGAAUCUCCGUAUUUUUACGUUAUGAAAGGUAGAUACGAAGAAGCCAAGAAAUCUUUGUAUUAUUUGAAACGGAAGAGAAAUUUGGAUAACGAAUUUGCGCAAUUGAAAUUCGACGUGGAAAGACAACUUUCCGAAUCCAGUAAUUGGUCUGACGUUUUUAAAAUUAAUAGUAACCGACGAGCUUUAGCCGCGGGUUUGUUUUUACGAUUCACCCAACAAACUUCUGGUAUGGGUGUGUUUUUAGUAUAUACUCAGUACAUUUUCCAAAAAUCCGGCGGAAAUAUAAGUCACGAAACUUCCUCUAUCGUCUAUUUCGCCAUUAGUUUAGUUUGUUAUUUAAUUGCUUUAUUCAGUAUUGUGAAAAGAUUCGGCAGAAAAUCUUGUUACGUCGUAUCACUUACUUUGACUACUCUAGUACUUUAUCUUAUGGGUACUUAUUUUUAUUUAGAUUCUCAUAAUAUAGUAGAUUUGAGUUCGUGGAAAUGGAUACCUAUUGUUAGUAUGAUAGCUCAUCAAGUAUUUUUAUCGUUUGGCAUCGCUGUUAUACCGACUUUGAUGUUGAGCGAAUUGUUUUCGGCUAGUAUUAAAGCGAAAGCUAUGCCUAUAUUGAUGGCCGAAUUCGGCAUCGGCAAUAUUAUCAUGAACACCAUAUUUUAUUAUUUGAACGCCAAGGUGGGUUUUUACGCUCCUUUCUAUUUCUUUGCGAUAUGUUGUACAAUUGCUAUGUUCAUUGCAAUAUAUGUUAUACCAGAAACAAAAGGAAAGACUUUAGAAGAAAUUCAGCAGCUAUUGAAGAGAAAAUAAUUCAGAGAUUAUCGGAUUCAAUAACAAAAAUUUCCAAAACCACAAUUUUGGUGGGUUUAUCAUAAAAAAUAAGUUUGUAGAAAUCCUUACCUAUUCCAUGUGUGCUAAAAAAGGUCGUAGGUCAAAAUUUUGGGUUGCAAUACAUAGAGCUAUGUGGUAAAAUGUUAUUAAAUAAGACAUUGCGUCUUCAGAUGAAUAGAAUGCAAUGCCGUUCUUCAAAAAACAACUAAGAAUACGUUCAGUUAACACAUUGUUCUUAAGUUCGAUAUCGUUUUAUAAAAAGAAUCGUCAAGCUCUUCAAAAUAACAAUUUACUGCAGGCUUUACCUCUUCAUUGUUCAAAAAUCUUUGAGCACCGACCCAUUUUUUUAAGUCUGGGAACAGAAAAUAAUCUGAGAGGGCUAAAUCUGGGGAAUAGGGUGCAUUAGGUAGCAAUUCAAACAUUAAUUCAUUAAUUUUGCUCAUUGCAAUGACGAGUAUGUGAUUGUCUUGAUGACACAACACUACUAGCAGUUGAUAGUUUUUUCUUCUUCAAGAUAGUCAAUGAAAAUUAUCUCAUGCGCAUCCAAAAAAACCGACGCCAUGACUUUGCCUGCAGAUAGGACGAUCAUCGCGUUCUUUGGAGCCGGUUCUUCCUAUUCCGUCGAUUUUUUUUAUUGUUCCUUUGUUUCGGAUGGACAAACAUUUCAUCCAUGAUUAUGAAACGUCUUUAUUUCUGUGAAACAUUGUCAAACCCUCGAUAUCAUCACGAAGCAAACGCGAAACAAGACAUAACUUUCUCAUGUCCAAAUUUUCAGUUAAUAUGUGAUGUAACGUAUUUUUUGAAGUGCCCAUCAUAUCUACUAGCUCGUGCACUU